GCUUCCCUAGCUUUCCCUCCACUCGCCGGCACCCUCCCCCACCCUUGUUCUCCGGAGCUGGGACUCAGGAAUCCCAAGCAGGCAGGGCCAUGGCCACCCCUCCUCCUCUCCAGCCCUGCAUGCCAGGGGAACUGGGCCAGCAACUAUCUUGGGCCUGGGCAGGGACUGGAAUCUUCCUAGGCAGGGCCAAGGGGACAUUAACUCUUUGUGGGUCUCUGAAGAAGUGCAAUGGCAGCCAACCUGUCAGUCAGUACCAGGCAUCUGAGUGCUGCCCCAGGUUGACCUGAGUUCAGGAAAAGACCUUGACCUUAAUCUGAGUACAGAGAUUGCCCUCAAAAGGGACGGAAAUUUUUCUCGCACCUUUCCCGCUCUGAGACUAGCAGGACAUUAUGAAGCCUCAAGUGUUUUAUGAAAUGGGGUGCACCGCGGCUGCAGCGGAGGAGAAAAGCUGGAGGGUCGCGCUGAGCCUGUUGGGGCUGCACCUCAGACCAGGGCCACUGCAGCUAUGUCUGGCCGCUCGGUGCCACAUGCCCACCCGGCCACCGCCGAGUACGAAUUUGCCAACCCGAGCCGCUUGGGCGAGCAGCGCUUCGGAGAAGGCCUCCUGCCGGAAGAGAUCCUGACCCCCACCCUCUACCAUGGCUACUAUGUCCGGCCUCGGGCUGCCCAGGCUGGGGAGGGCAGUAGGGCAGGGGCAUCGGAGCUUAGGCUCAGUGAGGGCAAGUUCCAGGCGUUUCUGGAUGUGAGCCACUUUACCCCGGAUGAGGUGACUGUGAGGACUGUGGACAACCUGCUGGAGGUGUCUGCCCGCCACCCCCAGCGCCUGGACCGCCAUGGCUUCGUGUCCCGAGAGUUCUGCCGCACCUACGUCCUGCCUGCUGACGUUGACCCCUGGCGGGUUCGAGCUGCUCUUUCCCACGAUGGCAUCCUUAACCUGGAGGCCCCUCGGGGUGGCCGACAUUUGGACACAGAAGUCAAUGAGGUCUAUAUCUCCCUGCUCCCUGCGCCUCCUGACCCAGAGGAAGAGGAGGAGGAGGCAGCCGGAGUUGAGCCCUGACUGCUGAAGAUCCAGCAUCAGCAAAUCCCUUUCCACUUCCCUCCGUGAUUGGAGCAGGUGCCCACCACCAGAGGUAGUGGCAUCCCUACGGGAAUGGGAAUGCUCCAGGUCUACAGUGUAUGGUUUGGUCCUCGGGACAUGUUAUGGCCUUUGGUUUAGUUCUGGCUGGGGCUGAAUAAACCCAAGUGUCAGGGC